AUGGCUGUCGCUGACUAUAAGAGGUAUCUUGCUGAGAAUGUUCUCAACGAGCGACGCACGGUCACCUACCGGUCCUUAGGUCGAGCCCUUCGGGUUCAUAGUACCCUGGCCAAGCAGAUGCUUUUCGAUUUCCACCGCAACGAAAACAACAAGAAGCCAAACAGCGUCAAUGCGACUUACAUUAUCACGGGCAUCCAGAAAGCGCCAGAGACCCCUCCCACAACGAAUGGCCUUCAGGAUAGCUUCGAUGGCAUUCCCCAGAGCAGUCCCUACAUUAGCAGUUCGAUGCCGAACCAGGAUGUCGCUACGGAUGAGAUCGCCAUGUCCUCGGUUGUGCUUGUGCGAGAGGAAGACUUGGAGGAUGCGAAGGCGACUUUCCAAUCAAUCUCAUCGAUAUACGUCUACAGCCUUCAGCCAACGGUGCUUCAGGAUCUCAACGUCUUGACAGAUGUCGCGGGAGAGAUGAUCGCCAAGCAUGCUCAGGAGGAUCCCUUAGAAUACGGCAAGACCUGGGGCAUGAUCCAGGGCAACAAUGUCCGGAGACGAACCGGCGGUCGCCCUCCUGUACCAGCUCCCGCUCAGGCUCCAGCUCCCCCUAAGGCGACUAUUCCAGCUAAGCGUCCUGUUAAGGAAGAAGAAACACCACAACCCAAGAAAGAGUCUGAAGACAAGGCCCCGAAGACGGAGACAACGAUUAAACGCGAGGAACCUCCAGCGUCUAAGCCAACUGAGAAGACAGCUCCUCCAAAGCAAAAGAGCAGUAUAUUUAGCUCUUUUGCGAAAGCCAAGCCGAAGCAGAAGAAGGAAGAAUCAGCAACGCCGGCCACUUCGGCUGCCGAAUCGGCCGAACCCAGUGCUGCUGAAGAUGUGGUUCUGGACGACGCAUCAGACGGGGAUGAGGAGCCCGAGGAGCUCUUCCGAGACUCAGGGAAGUCCGCAUCCGCCGGUACACGUGAGUCGCGGAAAGAGCGUGAAGAGAGGCUCAGAAAGAUGAUGGAAGAUGAUGACGAAGACGAAGACGAAGAAAUGCCCGAUGCUGCACCGUCACCGGAAGCGUCUAAACCUAUCGACGAGCCGCCGCCGAAACAGGCUGAACUCAAGGAAGAAGUUACGGUGAAGGGCGGUCGUCGCAGGGGCAGACGCCAAGUCAUGAAGAAGAAGACAGUCAAGGACGAUGAGGGCUAUCUUGUGACUGUUGAGGAACCAAGCUGGGAGUCAUUCUCAGAGGACGAGCCAGCUCCACCUCCCAAGAAGAAGCCCGCUGUGAGUGCACCCAAGGGCAAACCAGCAGCGAAACCGGGACAGGGUAGCAUCAUGUCCUUCUUCUCGAGGAAGUGA